GUGCAUCAUUAUCAUGUAUUUAUUUCACAGUAUUUGCUGUUGUCGGUUGUUGUUUCAAACGUUAUUUAGGUUUAGCUAAUGGGAUUAGUAUUGCUGGUGUUAGUAUCGGGCAAAUGGUAUUCCCUUCACUGAUUACUUAUUUAAAUACAACGUAUAGUGCUAGAGAUGGUGGUUUGAUUAUGGCUGCAAUCUGUUUACAUUUAUUGAUUACAGCUGUAUUAAUGUCUCGUUAUAUCAUUGAUCCAGAUGCACCCAGUGUAUCCACAGAAAAAACUGAUGUGAGGAAAUCAAAAACGAAAUCAUCAUCGAAAUCACAAUCUAAUUCGAAAGAAGGCAAACAAUUAAUGCCAUGUAAAGAUCAAUCCACGAAAGACAAACAAUUGGCAUUGAUUCAGGAGACAAAAAUCCGACCAAUGCUGCUAUAG